AUGAGAGCAGCGCUCCGCACGCCGUGGCGAGUUUCCGGGUUUAACCCUGCGACGGUCCUCCGGCACACGACGAAAUCGGCACCGGCACCGUUGAAUUGUUUCUAUUCCACAUCACUUACCACUACGAAGUCAAUACCGUCGUCAAGAUCAUUCGCCAGUCUGAAGAACAGAAUCACCACACCGCAGGAACUAUGCACACGGAGGCGAGUCCUGCCGCUACGACGUCACUAUAGUUCGGAGCCCCCUGCACAAGAAAAAGCCAGCAACGGCAACAAUGGGGAGAGGAAAUCGGGGCAUGGCCAUUCUCGGAAGAAGAUAUACCUUAUCAUUGGAGGCGUGCUGGGUGUGGCGGCGGUAGUGUACUCGGACGAGGUGCGGCAUCUAUAUCGAGCAGCGGCGAGAACCGGGCGAGUGGUUAGUGCGUUGGCGGUUUGCAUUAAUGAUUACCGGGUUACGUUGAAGCAAGAGGCCUCCUCGCCGGAAGAACACAAUGAGAUUAUCAAAGCUUGUCACAAGCGCUGUGCAGAACGGACGCUACGCGUACUCGAGAAGAAUGGGUCUAUUUUUAUCAAGCUGGGACAGCAUUUGAGUAGCAUGGGGUAUUUGCUUCCGCUCGAAUGGACGACGACUUUCAUCCCGCUGCAGGAUAAAUGUCCCGUUUCAUCGAUCGGAUCCAUUGAGGACAUGUUCCUUGCCGAUACCGGCCGUCGCAUCGAUGAAAUUUUUACAUCUUUCGACUCGGAGCCUAUCGGCGCUGCUUCCCUGGCGCAGGUACAUAUCGGUACGCUUAGAGAAUCAGGACAGAAGGUUGCUGUGAAGGUGCAGCAUCCAGCGUUGGCGGAGUGGGUGCCAUUGGAUCUGGCAUUGACGAGGUUCACUUUUGCGAUGCUGAAACGGUUCUUCCCGGACUAUGAUCUUGAGUGGUUAUCGAGGGAGAUGGACUUUUCGUUGCCGGUGGAGUUGGAUUUCCGCUGUGAGGCGGAGAAUGCUACCAAAGCAAGCGACUAUUUCAAGAAGCAUUCUGAUGCGCCGUUGGUUAUUCCAAAGGUGAUGUGGGCCCAGAAACGCAUCCUAGUAAUGGACUUCAUCUCCGGCCGCCGCCCGGACGACCUCCCCUUCCUCGACGCCAACAACAUCGACCGCGACGAAGUCUCUGCCACCCUAGCCCAUAUCUUCAACGAGAUGAUCUUCGGCGACAACGCGCCGCUCCAUUGUGACCCCCACGGCGGUAAUAUCGCCAUCCGCCCAAACCCAAACUCUAGCAGCCCAAACUUCGAAAUCAUCCUCUACGACCACGGUCUAUACCGUGAGAUCCCGCGGGACCUGCGCAGGAACUAUGCGAAGCUCUGGCUUGCGGUUAUUGAAGCCGAUGAGGGACGGAUGAGAGAGUAUGCAAGGAAGGUUGCGGGGGUGACGGAUGAGCAAUUUCCGUUGUUUGCGAGUGCGAUUACAGGACGAGAUUAUACGGUUCUUACGCAGAGGAAUGUGGCAUCUUCGAGGACGGCGGAUGAAAAGGAGAAUAUCUCGGGUGCGUUGGGUGAGGGCAUGUUGCAGCAGUUAGUUGAGUUGUUGGGCCAAGUUCCGAGAAUUAUCCUCUUGAUUCUCAAGACUAAUGAUCUUACCCGCAACCUCGACGAAAACCUACACACGCGCCAAGGCCCCCUGCACACAUUCCUCAUCCUUGCCCGCUACGCCACCCGCACCGUCUACGAGGAACAACUCGAGAAUAUCCGCGAGUCGGCCGGUGGACUUCUUCGUCCACUGAACUUCCUGCGGUUCCUGAUUGCGUGGAUGGGAUUCUUGCGGGUGGAGUUGAAGUUGUCGGUGUAUGAGACCGUGCUGUCUGUUAAGAGCCGAGUGGGGAUGUUGUAA